GAUGGACAUUCUCAACACACGAACCAUUACGUUUUGUUUCACAUAGUUUCUUAGAUUUCUAAAUUUUAAUCAUAACAGAUGGUUCUAACCUAAAACCAACUCUCGUGUCCUAUAUGAGAUGAAAACAAAAGUGUUUGUAUUGUUAAAAAACCUGAAAAUAAUUAUCAAUAAUCCAUACUUUCUUUCCUAAUCUUCAAAAUGACUACAGAAAAGAUACUUUUUCGACUUGAACAGCCUCACGGCUCCGGAGACAUUUAUAUCGCCUGGCAGAAAGGUUCGGGAAUGUAUCUGGCGACAACAGGCAUCGAUUCUAUGGUUAACAUUUUCGAUCGCUACGGAGAAGUUCAAGAACGGAUAAGACUGCCAAGCCUCUGCACUGGAUUCUCUUGGGAUUGCGAGGGCGACAUCCUAGCUAUCAUAUGUCAGUCUUCUCAGUUGAUAUUGUGGGAUUCGAAUACUACCAAGAAGAACAUUGUAGAUGUUGGUUUGAAGGAUACAAUGACUUGCUUGGUAUGGGCAAAAACGACUGCGAUAUUAGCCAUGGGUAGUUCGAAGGGAAAUGUCUCGAUUUAUAAUCAUAAUACGUCAAAACGUACCCCUAUAUUAGGAAAACAUUCGAAGAAAAUAACUUGUGGAGCUUGGAACAGUGAUAAUUUGUUAGCCCUAGGUUCUGACGACAAAACCAUUUCUGUCAGUAAUGUUGAUGGGGACACUCUGAGAGUAGUAAAUUUGAGAGCUGAACCCUCAGAAAUUCAUUUUUCAGAAAUGAAAACGGAUGAGAGAGUUGGUGGUGAGAACACAAUCAGCCUGUUGGUUGGAAAGAAAACUUUGUACCUAUACAAUAUGGUAGAUCCAGAAAAUCCCAUCGAACUAGCUUUCCAACCCCAUUAUGGUGCAAUCAUAAACUAUAAAUGGUUUGGAGAUGGAUAUAUUUUGCUGGGAUUUACAGCAGGCUAUUUCAUUGCGAUUUCUACUCACAUCAAAGAAGUAGGACAAGAAUUGUUCCAGAUCCGCAACCACAAGAAUUCCCUGACAGAUAUAGCCAUAUGUGAGGUAACUGACAAGGCAGCAUCCUGCGGUGAUAACACUGUUAAAAUUCAUGACUUGACCAAUUUGCAAGAAACAUCCAGUGUAUUGACAUUGGCACAGGAAGCGGGUAUUGAUCGUAUCGCUUGGAGCACUGAUGGACAGCUUCUAGGUGUUUGUACUAGAGGGGGUUCUCUAAAUGUUUACGUAUCAUUCAUGCCUGUUUUGACGUCUGUUUGUCCGCCAAGGAUCGCUAUUCUUUCUAGUCUAACAGAAGUGAGCCUGUAUAACUACAGUUCAGAUAAGACAAAACUGAAGCCCAUUCCUGUCACGCUGGAACUAGAGCCUAGUUUCAUAGCAGUAGGCCAGUACCAUCUAGCGGCGGGCAUGAAUAACAGCGUUUGGUUUUAUGAUCUGACGAAAUCUCAACCUGGUAAUGAAGAGGCCCCUCUCAAACUCAAAGGGAGGCAGUAUAUAGGAGCAGUGUCCAGUAUGAAGCUGAAUUCUGAAUAUGCCUGUGCAUUAUUUGAGGGACGACUUCAGCUUCAUUUGAUCGAACCUUCCGAAGCUAGUCAAGAGGAGAAGGAGUCUAUUAUCUUCCCUGAUAGCAAUACUGAAUCAACAGUGAUUACUUGUCAUGAGUUGACAACAGAUUUUCUGAUUUACGCGACAAACACGGGUCAACUUGUGUAUUUUUAUUUGGAAGAUUGGACAAAGGCCAUGGAGUUCAAACAUAUUGUAGGAAUCGCAAAUAUUUAUGUCGAUCCUGCCGGCACUAGAUUGAUAUUUAUCGAUAUCAAAACUAAUGGUUAUGUUUUCAAUGCUGUUUCAAUGGAAACAGUACCUAUACCGUCACUGCCAAACAAGGUGCUGGGAAUAACAUGGGACAGCAACAUCACCGACAGAAACAUUUUCAUUGUCCAUGAGGAACAAGAAAUUUCCACUUACAUCUACGUCAAACAUUCAAUUGAUGGUUCUUUUGUGAAAAGGAUAGGCCAGACUGCCUUGGUUACCAAGCAGACGCCUUUGUUGAUGUAUGCAGGUGAGGUUAUGUCUGGUACUUCUAAUGGGCAGUUGGCUCAGCUGUCAUUGAGCACUCAUGACUCCGUGCAAAUUGGUAUAAAUGGGAGGGAUCCAGUUGUUUUGGAAACUAAUUUCAACAAACAGUUGGCUCUACACAGAUUUAAUUCCGCAUUUGAAACAAGUAUUCUGCUGAAGUCUGCGGAACUUCAAAGGAGGUUAGCAGCAGAAACACUCAAAUAUUUGGAAAUCGAAACAGCCUUGAGAAUCUACAAAUACUUAGAGGAUGUCGCCAUGGUUUGGAAUUUAGAAAGUAUAUCUGACAUUGAGGACUACAAACUUUUGUGUGGAUACAUGUCAAUGUAUUUGAAUGAGUAUGAUAAAGCCCAAGAGUGGUUUCUGCAAUCAAGCCAUCCAGAAGCAGCGUUGGAUAUGCGAAGAGAUCUGUUGCAGUGGGAUCAGGCGCUUCAGCUGGCGAAAAGAAUGGCACCUGAACAAGUAGCGAUGAUUUCUAGAGAGUAUGCUCAGCAGCUGGAGUUUGUUGGUAAUCACUCCGAAGCACUAAGACACUACGAAAAAGGCUUGCAAGAAAACUUAAACCUCGAACACACGUUCACUUGCAAAGCCGGCAUAGCAAGAACGAACUUGCACUGUUCCAACUACCGGCAUGGUAUGUCAAUCGCCAUAGAACUGGACGACAAACAGCUUCUGAAAGAGUGCGCAGAGAUCUUGGACAAGAAAAAACAACUUUCCGAAGCCGCGCAGCUGUACGAAAGGUGCCAGCAGUUCGAAAAAGCUGCUUCAAACUAUAUCAAGCUGAAGAAUUGGGAAAAAGUAGGGGAGCUGUUACCCAACAUAACCUCAACAAAGAUUCAGCUGCAGUACGCUCAAGCGAAAGAAACCGAGGGAAAGUACGAGGAGGCCGCGAAGGCCUACGAAAUCGCCAAAGACUUUGAUUCCGUAAUAAGGCUUCAGCUGGAUCAUCUCGGCAACCCCGAAAUCGCCGUAGAGUUGGUACAAGAAACUAAGAGCGUCGAAGGCGCUAAAAUGGUCGCCAAGUUCUUUUUACGCUUGAAUGAUGUUACGUCGGCUAUCAAGUUUCUGGUGCUCUCAAAAUGCUGUGAAGAAGCAUUCGAUUUGGCCAAGCAGAACGGAAAGAUGUCGCUGUAUGGAGAAAUCCUGCUGGAUACAUUUUCAGAGGAUGAGAUUAAACCCCAGGACUUCAAUGCAGUAGCUGUGCACUUUGAAAACGAACGGAAUUAUUUGCUAGCGGGAAAAUAUUGGUUUCAUGCUAGGAAUUAUCAAAAGGCGAUGAAGCACCUGCUGAAAGCCGCCAAAUCCAACUCGAAGGAAAAAGAAGCCAUUACCACUGCCAUAGACGUCGUCGCUUCAUCAAACGACGACUCCUUGUCGAACACGUUGAUCGAGUUCCUUCUGGGAGAAACCGACGGCUUGCCCAAAGACCCGAAAUACCUAUUCAGGCUCUACAUGGCGAAGAAGCAGUACCGAGACGCAUCAAAGUCGGCCCUCAUCAUAGCCAAUGAGGAGCAGAUCAACGGCAACUACAGGAACGCCCACGACGUCCUGUUUGCCAUGUGUCAGGAGCUGAAGCAGAACGGGAUCAAGAUUCCGUACGAGAUGUAUGCCAACUUGAUGUUGCUGCACAGUUAUAUUUUGGUGAGGUUGCAUGUACGCAGAGGAGAUCACUUGAAGGGAGCGAGGAUGUUAAUCAGGGUCGCUAAUAAUAUCUCCAAGUUUCCGUCACAUGUGGUACCAAUUUUGACGUCAACUGUAAUUGAAUGUCACAGAGCAGGUUUGAGGCAUGCGGCUUACAAAUAUGCUACUACUCUGAUGACCCCUGAAUAUAGAAGGAGUAUCGACGCGAAAUACAGUAAGAAAAUAGAAGCAGUGGUUAGAAAACCGCCGAAAAACGGUAAAGACGGCGAACCGAUCAGUGAUCCAGUUGAACCUUUAACUCCAUGUCCGUACUGCGAAAAUAUGUUACCAGAAACUGAAGUCACUUGCAGCAGCUGUAAAAAUAAUAUACCUUUCUGCAUAGUUACGGGUCGCCAUAUUUUAAAUACUGAUUUGACUGCGUGUCCCGAAUGCGAUUUUCCAGCUCUGCUAACUGAAUUCUUUGAAUACCUAAAGAAUGAAGAGCACUGUCCUAUGUGCUCGGAAAAGGUCGACUCUAGGAGAUUGUUCAAGAUAGGAAACACCAAACCUUAUUUGAACGUAGAAUAGAUGUCAUAAAAGUUAUCAUUUCAUUUCACGCGAAUGAUCUCAUUGUUUUUCAACUCAGUAGUUAUAAGAUGAAAAGUGAUCCUGAUUCCGUCCAAUAUUGAUGGUACAAUUAUUUUCAAAUCGAGUCUGUUGUGGUAUUGUUGAUAAUUUAUUUAUUUUUUCAGUUCCUAGCUAUUAAAAUUCACUGAGAA